GAGCUGUAGUAGUCGUCUGAGUGGCAGUCCGUUUGAUGAGACGGCCGAAUGGGCAGAGAUUGCGAAUAUAAUGGCCUCCUUUGGCACCGGUAUCGGAAGGGGUGACAGUUUGGGCACUAAUGGUAAUAAUGGCAGCGAAGACAUGGAUAAAAGUUUUUCCAGUUGUUUGUCAAAAGACUCGUCGUCGACGGACUUCGAGGAGCAGUCGGUGGAGGAGUGGUUGAGUCGGAUCUGUCUCUCGGAGUACGCCAACCUAUUGGUAGUCAACGGCUUCGACAAUGUCUUGUAUAUGGGCUCUAACGUGAUGGACGACUCGGAUCUGUUGGAAAUCGGAGUGACAAACGCCUCGCACAGGGAUCGGGUG